CUCCUGCUCAACAAUGGCGUCCUCCACGACGGGAGACGGCGUGAGUGAAGCACAAACAGGGAAAAAAUCGAAAAAGUCUCAAAACCAAGUGGAUGAAUCUGAACUCCUGACCGUCCCUGAUGGCUGGAAAGAGUCCCCGUUCACCAGAGACGACAACCCCCGUGGUCUGCUGGAGGAGAGCAGCUUCGCCACCCUUUUCCCCAAGUACAGAGAAGCCUACCUGAAAGAGUGCUGGCCGCUGGUGGAGAAGGCUUUAGGAGAGGCACACAUCAAAGCAUCUCUGGACCUAAUCGAGGGAAGCAUGUCAGUUUGCACAACUAAGAAAACGUUUGAUCCUUAUGCCAUCGUGAGAGCCAGAGAUCUCAUCAAGCUGCUGGCCAGGAGUGUCCCAUUCGAACAGGCUGUGCGGAUAUUACAGGAUGACAUCGCGUGUGACAUCAUCAAAAUUGGCACCCUGGUGAGAAACAGAGAGCGGUUUGUGAAGCGAAGACAGCGGCUGAUUGGCCCCAAGGGCUCCACCCUCAAAGCGUUGGAGUUGCUGACCAACUGCUAUGUGAUGGUGCAGGGCAACACUGUGUCGGCCCUGGGGCCCUUCAGUGGCCUGAAGGAGGUACGCAAAGUGGUGAUGGACACGAUGAAGAACAUUCACCCCAUCUACAACAUCAAGACACUGAUGAUCAAACGGGAGCUGUCCAAAGACCCCGACCUGCGGAUGCAGAGCUGGGAACGCUUCCUGCCCAAGUUCCGCCACAAGAACCUGGCCAAGCGCAAGGAGCCUAAGAAGAAGAGUGUGAAGAAGGAAUACACGCCGUUCCCUCCAUCACAGCCAGAGAGCAAGGUCGACAUGGAGCUGGCCACAGGAGAGUUCUUCCUGCGUGAAAGUGUGAAAAAGAGGAAGAAGAUGGAAGAGAUCAAGGUGAAACAAGCAGAAGCGCUGACUAAGAAGCAGGAACAGCGGAACAAAGCCUUCAUUCCUCCGAAAGAGAAGCCUUUAUUGAAGAAAGCCACUAAAGCUCCCACAGAAGGCAAGCUGGACAUCGAGGCCAUUAAGGAGAAAGUGAAAAAAGCCAAAACCAAGAAACUGGGGGCUCCGCCAGUGAACCCCGCUCCUCCAACCAGCAGCACCACUGACAAAAAGAAAAAGAGCAAAUCAAAAAACAAAGGCUAACCACUCAUUUCCAACACUGUUGGAGUGUGUAUGUACCAGUCCUACUGGACAGAGUAAGGACUCUGUAAGAACACAUACAGUGUGUGUGUGUGUUCGGCUCAAAAUGAAUUCCAUCACACACUGUUACGGAUCUUUUUAUUGAACUCCUCAUGUUGUGGGGGGUUGACAGACCUCCAGUUCUGUCAGAGGAGAUGAACUGACCACCAGUGAAGGAUGUCACACAUUUUCCUUUUUGUCUGCUCUAUUCGUCUUCUGACUGUUGUCCAGAUUUUGUACGGUCUGUAUUUAUACGUUUCAAAAUAUAUAUUUUUCUCCUUCCUUAGGAGUGAUGUGUUCAGGAGCAGGCAGACUCAAACAGAUGGAGAAAUGAAAUGAAAGGAUUUUUAACAAUCUUAUUUUUGUAGGUUUUCCUUAAUCCCUUCAUGUCAUGAAGACAUUUUCCCAGCAGCUUUAUUGUAGAGGUACAGUAUGAGGAUUUGACAGCAACUCUAGUCACAGGUUUAUAAUCAUCAACCUAUUUUUCACAUUAAUGUCUUUGCAGAGCUGACUUUUUAAAUAUUAAAUCACUAUUAAAUGAUUUUUUUUUUUGCCACUUGUGGACAUGUAGCACUGAAAUAUCAUAACCUCAUAAAGCUGAGGUGGCAAACAUCCAGACAGAGUAAAUAAUAAGCUUUCAUUUGCAGCCUUGUCUCUGUAGCUAGUUGUUAGCUUGCUCUGUCUGCUAUUGGGUGCUGGACAGGUCGUGAACUUACCAGAGACUCAAAACAACUGCUGUGUCAGUAAACAGGAUGGAUGAGAGCAGUGGAACUGAACCGAAACAUUAAAUUUCUGGGCCAUAAAACCAAAACAAUAAGCUGAAAGAUGCUAAAAUGCCCCAUAGAGCUGAGAAGAACUGCAGAGUCGAGUGAUAACUGUGAGGGACUCCUUUUACAUUUCACAGUAGUAAUAGUGGUCAGUCUAUGGCUUAAACCAGUGGCUAGUGUUGUCACUUGUGUCUCUACAAAGAAGCUGGUGAGUAAAAUGCAUGUGACAAUUUAAUGUGACAGCAAGCUGUGUAUGAACAGAAAAUAAACAUUUUAAUUAAACUCAAAUCUCCAAUCGUAGCAGUGGCUGAGGAAGUCCAUGUUUUUCAGGUAGCAACAGGUGGUCUAUUCAUAGCAGAAGAUAUUAGGGUAAAAGUGGUGGACUGCGUACGCUGCGAUGAAGGUGAAGAUGAGGGCAAUGGGUCGCACAACCAGAAUAAUCACAUAGUUGGAGUGAUAAUCCGCGUAGUUUGAGUGAAUGGUAGCCUGGGGAAGGUCCCAGUCGGGGGUCCAGUUGUAGCCUGGGAACACAAAUGGAAGUCAGACUGAUUGGUUUCCAUAUCAGGUUUAUCAUGACAAAUAAUCGUACCCGCUAAGUUUGAGUGUGUGUUUUCUAACCCAGCUUCCACUUACCU